GGAGGAGGAGGGCCGCCCGUGCGUGCGUGCGUGCGUGCGUGGCGGAGGACGGCACGCGAAGCAGCAGCAGCAGCAGCAGCCCCGGCUCGGCGACGCCAGGGUGGGAGGCCGCCGCCGCCGCCUAGGCCGCCCAGGCCGCCGCCAUGCCGCUGCUCUUCCUGGAGCGCCUCCCGUGGCCCAGCCUGCGCACCUACGCGGCCCUCAGCGCCCUGGCCCUGCUGGGCACCGUCCUCAGCGCCUACCGCGCCCUCAGCCAGGCCGCCGCCGCCGCGCACCGCCAAGCCGGGGAGGAGCCGCCGCCGCCGCCGCUGGAGGAGGGAGACGGGGCAGCCCGUGGAGCCUCGGCCCGCCUCGGCCCGGCCGCCCUGGACGUCGCCUACUACUUGCUCUCCGACAGCCUCUGCAUCUGGGUGCUGGUGAACACUGCUUGCUGUAUUCUGAUGCUGAUUGCUAAACUAAUUCAGUGUGUUGUGUUUGGUCCUCUCCGUGUGAGUGAAAGACAGCAUCUCAAGGAUAAGUUUUGGAAUUUCAUCUUCUACAAGUUUAUCUUCAUUUUUGGCGUGCUAAAUGUGCAGACAGUGGAAGAAGUGGUCAUGUGGUGCCUUUGGUUCUCUGGGCUUGUGUUUCUGCAUCUCAUGGUUCAACUCUGCAAAGACAGGUUUGAAUAUCUCUCUUUCUCUCCCACCACACCGAUGAACAGUCACAUCAGAGUCCUGACUCUGCUAGUAGCGAUGCUCCUCUCCUGCUGUGGACUAGCCGUUGUGUGCGGUGUCAUUGGCUAUACCCAUGGAAUGCACACGUUAUCCUUCAUGGCAGCUGAGUCCCUCCUGGUCACCGUGAGAACUGUGCAUGUGAUUUUGCGUUAUGUCAUUCAUCUCUGGGAUCUCAACCAUGAAGGCACCUGGGAAAGCAAAGGAACAUAUGUCUAUUACACGGAUUUCAUCAUGGAGUUAACACUUCUGUCACUGGAUCUGAUGCAUCACAUUCACAUGCUGUUGUUUGGCAAUAUCUGGUUGUCCAUGGCCAGCCUUGUCAUCUUCAUGCAGCUGCGUUACCUGUUCCAUGAGGUUCAGCGUAGACUUCGCCGCCACAAGAACUACCUCCGUGUGGUUGGAAACAUGGAAGCAAGGUUUGCAGUGGCAACUCCUGAAGAGCUUGCAGCCAAUAAUGAUGACUGUGCCAUUUGCUGGGAUUCCAUGCAGGCUGCACGUAAACUCCCUUGUGGGCAUCUCUUCCAUAACUCAUGCUUGCGCUCCUGGCUUGAACAAGACACCUCCUGUCCAACCUGCCGGAUGUCUUUGAAUAUCACUGAUAACCACCGUGCCCGGGAGGACCACCAAAGGGAGAACCUGGAUGAAAACCUGGCUCCUGUGGCAGUAGCUGAAGGCAGGCCUCACCUGAACCAGCACAAUCACUUCUUCCACUUUGAUGGCUCCCGCAUAGCGAGUUGGCUGCCCAGCUUCUCUGUGGAGGUGAUGCACACCACCAAUAUCCUUGGCAUUGCACAGGCAAGCAAUUCUCAACUCAAUGCUAUGGCACAUCAGAUCCAGGAGAUGUUUCCUCAGGUUCCUUACCACCUCAUUCUGCAGGAUCUGCAGCUGACUCGUUCUGUAGAAAUAACGACAGACAACAUUUUAGAGGGGCGUAUCCAAGUGCCUUUCCCAACACAGCGCUCAGAUAGCAUCAGACCUGCCUUGAACAGUCCCCUGGAGAGGCCCAGCACUGACCAGGAGGACACUGAAGAGGCUUCCCAGACGGAGAGAGUCCCGCUGGAACUCAACUCUGAAGAGACGGCAGAGUUCACUGAGAUGGAAGCCGAGCCCGUUGAGAUGGAGGACUGUGAAGUGAGAGGGAGUCGCUUUUCCAAGUCAGCCGAUGAAAGGCAGCGGAUGUUAGUGCAGAGGAAGGAAGAUCUCUUGCAACAAGCUCGCAGGCGUUACCUCAACAGGACCUCUGACGACGAUCCCGCCUCAGCCGCCCCCCUGCAGGCCGAAGGAGCGACCUCUGACCCCAUCACCCUGCGCCGCAGAAUGUUGGCGGCGGCGGCAGAGCGGAGGCUUCAGAAGCGGCACCCAUCUUAAUGCUCCCCACCUCCUCCUGCUCCUUUCCCACGCAGGCAGCAUUGACAUCACCCCAUCCUCUCCCUCUCAGCGCGGAGGGUCUCCUCAGAGCUCAGCUAGCUGUGCUGAGGACGGGUGAGCUGGCGGCAUCUCCUUCACUGUACAAAGCAUGUGAUAUCUAAUAAGUGUUUGGACAGCUGACAGAUUAACCUUUUGAGAUAUUUUUUUAAGAGAAGUGUCAUGUAUUCACCUUGCAAACAAAAAUGCAGUCUUUCGGGCACGGGGCACGGUCCGCUGCUAACAUGAGUUCGCGGCUCUUGUGCCCCAAGCCUGCCAGUGUGUUCCAUGUCCAGCUCUUCCAAGAAGGAAGUGAGGGACGAAGUGUUGUUUCGCCCCAGAUAAGCAGAUGUCACUGCCAAGCCAUUGUAGAGCUCGCAGGAGGAGUUGUGAAAAGGCUACGUAGAUUCUUUCCUGAGCCUCUUAGAAAGAGCAUUUAGGCCUUGGAGUGUGAUUGCAGAGCUCGUCAGCAGGAGAAGAGAUCUCGGAGUGGAUGAUUUGGGAGUAGCGUCGAGCCAAGUUUCCCUCUUCUUCGCCCCAAGACAGACAGUGUUUUAACAUUCCUGGAUUACUUCUGUCAGAGGCUGGUGUGUUUUCUGUGCAUUUCAUUCUCACUGAUAGACACAUGACCGAGGACAAACUCGAAAAUGAAGGGCUGAGUCUACCUUCGGCCACUUUGUUCUGCAUUUCAGGAAGCAGUGAUAAGAGUGUUGAACUUUGCUCUUGGAGGCCGUCCACAGAGAAGAUUCCAUUUGGGAAGGAAGGGCGGCUGUCACUUAAGAGAGAGGAGAGAGCACGCAAAAGGGUCUCUCUCUUUUAAACUUACGUUUUGCAAUACUCUGCCCACUAGCUUAAUUAGAUGUCCAGAAGUGAGAUAAUUGAGAGCGAAUAGACGUUAGGUUAGGAGUCAAGUCAGAUUUUUCUCUGGAAUUGUAAAACUCUGGUGGGUGGGUGAGAGAACUCUGGUCCUAGGCAGUAGCGGCUCAUCCUAAGGCUCCAGGGUGGCAGGAAAGGGUGCCCCCGCCCCGAGCUGCAUUGCCUGCAGGCUGGCCAUUUGUCAGCUAGAUGGCCAGUCGGCAGGCAGCACGGCUCUUGGGUGCAGGGGAGAAGAGCAACCCUGGCGGCAUCCCCCUGGCUCCUUAGGACAGCGGCGACUGGUCCUGGCUUGUAAAAACAAGUUUUGCAGUGGCAGUGAUGUUAAAGUGUUGGAGGAGUAUCCCCAUUCUUCAAAAGGUGCCCAGUAUUAUUAAAAAAAGAAAAGUAUAUAUAUUGAUAAUUCUUUUUACGGCAAGUUUUUAGGACAUUUGAAGGUGGAUAUGAGAGAACUAUGAAUUGUGAACACGUUUAGGCAAAGAUAAUUUAUUUCAAUAAACCCCUUUGGGAAGCCUUACUUUGCAAUGCUCUUAGAGAUCUUUGGUGGGGGAGACCUCUUUUUUUUUUUUUUUUGGUGAUUCAUUUUUGCUCAGAGCACAGCUCUUUGUUUUUAUUGUUUUAAGAAAAUGAAAUAAAACUCUUGAUCAGUGUUGGAA